AGUGUCCUUUAGUGUAUUGGAAAUACAGUAUAUCUCAAACUCUUACCAAAAGACACAAGACAAGUUUUACCGUCACCAUGAAAUAUUUGGCUCUGGCUUUGCUGCUAUGUGCCCUGCUGUCCCUGUCAAACGCUCAAUGCUUCCAUCAGGUCUUGAAACCAGGCGCGACCCAUUGUCAGGAUGAUGCGGAUGGCACAUGGCAUCCCGUAGGAUCUUCAUGGAGAAACAGUAACUGUAUGGACUGUACUUGUGAAGGAUGUUGCUAUGCGUAUUCAACCCCCAAGAGCUUCCCCAGCGACUGUGUGUCAGUGUUUGACUCUGUGGCAUGUAAAUACAUCGUGCACAAGAGGGAUGACCCAAGUGUACUUUGUCCGAUUUAUGGAGCAGUAGGAAAGUGAUUGUGUUGUGAAGCACUGUUCUACUUUUGUUUUUUGUUGUCGUUAAAUGGGGGAGGGACAUCUGUGAUCCCUCUUUGGCUCCCCACAAGGAAACACUGACUGUUGUGUAGGUGUGUCAAAGAAGGAAGCACAGCAACUGGAAAUUGAAAUGAAAAUACUGCUAAAAAUAAACUUUCACUUCAAUUAAUA